GUUCAAAACUUGGCUGAUUAUAGCAGUCGUAUGUACGCACAGUGCUUCGUGAAUGAUUCCUUAAACAGCGAAAAAUGUGCGACUCUCGCGCGACAAGUGAGAUUUACUCAAUUAUACAACGAUUUCGUGAACGUUUAGAUCAAAAUGACGAAUCACUUGCGAGAAACACGGUUAAGAUUACGGACCUUGAAUCGCAACGUGGUUCGCGUACACUUGGGUUGAAUCAGGCCAUACACAGCUACAAUGGUACGUUACUUUGGAAAAUAGAUAACUUCAAUCGAAAGAGACAGAACGCCAUUAAUGGUAUAAAAAAAGCCUUGUACAGUCCACCAUUCUACAGUCCUCAAUAUGGUUACAAGAUGUGUGCUAAGAUCUAUAUGAAUGGUGAUGGUUUUGGAAAGGGAACUCAUUUAUCUUUGUUUUUUGUUGUCGUGAAAGGUGAUUACGAUGCACUUCAAACAUGGCCUUUCCAAAAGAAGAUCACAAUGAUGUUAAUGGAUCAAGGAAAUGGUGAUCACAUGAUUGAUGCUUUUCAUUCAGAUCCUCAAAAUUCCUCAUUUCAGCGACCAAAGUCAGACAUGAAUAUCGCUUGUGGAUCACCUCUCUUCAUGGCAUUGGAAAGUUUGAAAAAUCGUCAGUAUAUUAAAGAUGAUACCCUCUUUAUGAAGAUGAUUGUUGACUGAACAAUUCCUAAAUUUAAAAGCACGUUUCUUUUAGCACGUAAUACAUUUUACCCAGUGUCAUUUGUUUUGUUUUGUGUUUUUAAAAUACUUUUUGAUAGUUAUUCAUAACAUAAUAUAAUUAAUUGUUAUAAUUAAUAAGGUAAUUUUAUGUAUUACAUUCACAGAACUUGCAAAAUAAGAAUAUACUAUUUCAUUGUUUUAUUGUUACUAACAUAAUGGCUAAACACUGUGUUUCGCCUACAAGAAAUCAUCGUGAUGAAAAUAUAGUAAAAAUAUGUGUAUGUAAUCAUAGAUAUAUUUGUAAACUAAAAAAUAGAGAAAAAUAAAAACGCUAUGCGAUUAUAGUAUUUUAAAAUCAUGACGCUACAAUAGCACGCAUUAUGACAUUUGCAGAA